AUGAAGAAAUCAUUGACUUUUAUAAGUAUAUGUCUCCCAGACCUGAAGAAGAGAGAAUGCGGAUGGAAGUGGUGAACAGGAUAGAAAAUGUUAUAAAAGAGCUCUGGCCUAAUGCAGAUGUGCAGAUAUUUGGAAGUUUUAAAACUGGUUUAUAUUUGCCUACAAGUGAUAUUGACUUAGUUGUGUUUGGAAAAUGGGAGACGUUACCUCUUUGGACCCUGGAAGAAGCUCUUAGAAAGCACAACGUUGCGGAUGAAAACUCAGUAAAGGUUUUAGAUAAAGCAACUGUACCUAUUAUUAAACUGACAGAUUCCUUCACUGAAGUAAAAGUUGACAUCAGCUUUAAUGUGCAAAAUGGGGUUAAAGCAGCCCAGCUCAUCAAAGAUUUUAUCAAGAAAUAUCCUGUAUUACCAUAUCUAGUUUUAGUAUUGAAACAGUUCCUGUUGCAGAGGGACCUUAAUGAAGUGUUCACAGGUGGAAUUGGUUCUUAUAGUCUUUUUUUAAUGGCUGUCAGUUUCCUUCAGCUGCAUCCCAGGGAAGAUGCCUGCAUGCCCAAUGCCAACUACGGUGUUCUUUUAAUAGAGUUUUUUGAAUUGUAUGGACGUCACUUCAAUUAUUUGAAGACUGGAAUCCGAAUAAAGGAUGGUGGCUCUUAUGUUGCCAAGGAUGAAGUACAAAAAAGCAUGCUGGAUGGCUACAGACCAUCAAUGCUGUAUAUCGAGGAUCCGUUACAGCCAGGUAAUGAUGUUGGGAGGAGUUCAUACGGUGCCAUGCAAGUGAAGCAGGCUUUUGAUUAUGCCUACGUUGUUUUGAGCCACGCAGUUUCCCCAAUAGCUAAAUAUUAUCCUAACAACGAAACUGAAAGUAUAUUAGGUAGAAUAAUUAGAGUGACACAAGAAGUGGCCACAUACAGAGACUGGAUAUCAAAGCAGUGGGGAAUGCAAAGUAGGACUGAGUCUUCGUGUAAUGGUAAUGGAGUAACCUUGAUAGUAGAUACUCAGCAGCUAGACAAAUGCAACAAUAAUCUCUCUGAAGAGAAUGAAGCACUGGGAAAACCUAGAAAUAAAACUUCUGAAACACUUAGUAAACAUUCUUCAAAUUCUUCAUCAGGUCCCUUAUCAUCAUCAUCUUCUACAUUGUCCAGCUCUAGCGAUGUAGAUUCUGAUGGAACACCUUGCAAAACCUCUAAACAAUUGAGUUGUCGUCAGUCUACCACAAACAGAGUGGGGUCACAAGAAGUAUCACUGGAAUCCUCCCAGUCAAGUGGGAAAACGCAAAAUAGCCAAACAGCCAAUACAUCCAGCAACACGAACAAAUCUCAGCAUGGAUCAGCACGGUUAUUUCGCUCUUCUAACAAAGGCUUUCAAGGUCCAACAAACUCAAGCCAUGGUACCUCAGUCACAAACAAACAACAUCAAGGCAGUAAAUCACACCACCAGUACUUCCAUGGCAAAAAGAGGAAACACAAGAGGGAUGCGGCCCUUUCAGACCUUUGUAGAUAGUUGCCUAUUUUAUGACUGUUCUUCUGUGUGCAAUGAUCUCAUGCUACAGGAUAGUUUGAUAGUGACUCCUUGGAUCUCUUCCGGAGCUUCAGACUGUUCAGACAUUGAUUAGCAACUGCAUUUUUUUUUUCCCAGCUCGCCACGGAACGGAUCAUGAAGAUUGAUCACUGCAAAAAAAAAAAAAAAAAAAAAAAAAAGAAAAAAAAAAAAAAAAGAAAAAAGAAAAAAAAGAGGAAAAAGGCUGCUCAUUUGAUAAGUCAUAUGCUACAACAGGGUCAUUUAGGAUAUAAAAGCUUGAAUGUAAAAUAAAUGUAUCUCCCAUCAGCUCAUGCUGACCUGUAGGGGUAGUACUCAGUGUGUCUAGGGGGUGGUAACAAACAAAUAAAAAAAAUAGGAAAAAAAGCAAAAAAUUGUAUUUUGAGGGAAACCCAGCCUUUAAAGGUGAAAGUAAUUUGUGCAUGAUUUUUUUUAUUAUUUUUUGCAUAUACUUACCAUUUUAUUGUGUAUAUAUAGAUGACCAUAUAGGAAAACUGACAUUUGUAAUAGUGGAUUUGUUAAUACUUUUUACAUAACAUUACUGUUUAAAUUGUAAACAUAAAUUUUUCUCAGGAUUAGUUUGGAAAAUAAUCUGAAUUGUCAUCUUAACAUCCAUAUAAAGAGACAUUACUAGUUAUAUUGCUCAGAAUUUCUUUUCUUGGCAUUUAAAAGAUUUAAUAGAACAUUGAUCUGCAAAAGUCGUUCCUCUGAAGAAAAGGUUUAUGGUGGCAAAUGAAGCUUUUCAUUUGUAUAAAGUGUACAUGUACUUUGUGUCGACACUGAGCUUGUCAUCUCUGAGAAGCAACCUUCACCUUGUUUUCUAGAGUGCCAUCAUUUCAGAUAAUGGGGUUUUAUAGUUGCACCCCUCUCUUCUUCCUCUUAAUGGUGUCCUCCCCCCCUUUUUUUAAUAUAAGCCACUUGGGGGUUUUUUGUUUGGGUGGUGGUGAUUUUUGUUUUGUUUUUUGUUUUGUUUUUUUUUUUCAGUUGAGAACAAACAGACAGAAGGACUCAGUUUGUUAAAAAUGUUUGCAUUCCUGGGCUGCUUUAAUCCCAUGCCUCUUUGUUUGUGCCUUCCCUCCCCCUUCCAGGUCUGGGUUUUUUUGUCUUUUAUAUUUUUGCUAACUCCUGUAGGAGGUGAUAACUGUUGAAGCUUUAAGUAAAUUUUACUAUUAAAGUAUUUUUUCUCACUCCCCUCUUAGGCAUUUUUAUAUUUACACUUAAUUAUUAAAAAACCUUCAAAUAAUGAAAUAUAUUUUGUAUUGCCUUAAAGACCCAAACCUUUCAUAUCUCAUAGUAUUUUGUCAUUGAACUAGUUAUCAUUAAUUUAAACUCGGCAUUUGUCUGGUUCAGUCACAUGAUAAGUCUAGGCCGCAGUAAAUUUGAUGCCAUGAAUGCAAAUUAAACAUGUAAUUACACUCACAGGUAUAGUUCGGAAAACGAGUUGGGACACUUCAGUGGUAGAAUGUUAAGUGGCAUUUACUUUCACACGUUUCUUUAAAGAGGAAAGAGUCUGUAUUCAGCAUACGGGGCUGUAUUUAAUGCAGCUGUUCUGGAGAUGAUGCUUUUAUAAAAAGUACUGUUAGCUUUUAGAAACUUUUUUUAUAUACAUUUACAGAAUACUACAGACCAACCUGACCUUUAAUGGGCACUAACGAGUGCAAUGAUUUUUAAAGUUAAAUAAUGCUAAAAUAAGACCAGAACUGAUGUCAUCACUUAAAUUAAUAAACAUUCUCAAUGUGUUAAAGUGUUUUACUUCAAAAAGGAAAAUACAUAUAUUCAAAAAAUAUGGCAAGUCGUAACAUUUACUCAAACACUAAGCGUAAGUGAUGUUAAUUUGACAAUGUUUUUUUAAAAAAAAUUUUAGAUUCAUGUUUUAAUUUGAUCAGAUAAUUUUAUCAACCAGAUGUUGAGCUUUUGUUCAUAGAAAUUAGUAAAAGUUGUACCACAUUAUGCAUAAUCACAGUAUUUAUUUUGUUUUAGAUUAUUGUGAAUGUGUAGACUUAUGUUCACCGCUUAGGGAACAAUUAUUUAUAAAUUAUAUUAAUCCAGUAUUGUUAGCUGCUAUUAGCAAAACUGUUCCAAAACUUAAUACUUGCAAAGAUCUGUAUCGCAUUUACCACACUGAAGUGUUUUUAAAAGAAUCACCCUCAUCGUUGAAAGCAAAUGUACUCUUAGGGUGCAGAUAUUAGUGUUCCAAUAAGCAUGUGAUAAUUUUAAGGUGGUGGUAGCGGGAAGAUAAUCUUGAUUCCAUUGGGAAUCUUAGGUUUGCCUCAAUUUAUGGUUUUCAUAAAUUUAAUGGAAAAUAGCUUUUCCUGGACUGCUCAAGUUUCUUUUUGGUAAACAGUAUCUUUCUAAAAGAAAAAAAAAAAAAAA